UUGCAAAGCUGCUCGGGUUAAAUUUAAAACAACCGUUUAGAUAGGGCUAAAUAACUUGUAAAAAUCUUAUAAUAUUUCUUCUUUCUUACAGAAUCACAUUUUGCUGGCAUCGUAUAAAUAACAUACAUUGUAGAAAAUGAAAAAUAUUAAAGAGACAGUUAUUUUAUUGUCGAUAUGGACAGUUUUGAUUUCACUCAACGUUAUAUCGGCGACGAAUAUCGCUUGGACAAAAUAUCGCCACGAAGAUGAAUCUUAUGGAAUCACAUGUUCUUCAUCCGAAUAUCUGUUUAUCCGAAACGACGUUCCUGAUGAGAUGUCUUGCAGCAAAAUAUGUUUCCUACACAACAAAUGCCUGACAAGUGUGUAUCAACCGGAAGAUGUUCUAUGUAUUGGAUGUGAAGUAAUGAGUUUUCAACCUUUGCCAAAUACUUCAAAUUCAGUACAAUAUACUCGAAGGGAUUUCAAUGUUGAUUGUAAAGACGCUUUAAAACAAGCUGUAUCAAACAACAUAUUUGCCGACAGUGGUAUAUAUAAGAUAAGACUACUAACCGCUGAAUCUAUCCAUGUGUACUGCGAAAUGACAACAGAAUUUGAUGAUCCAGGAUGGACGGUUAUCCAAGUGCGACAAGAAAAUAAAACGUCAUUCAAUCAAACCUUUGAAGCGUAUGAGAAUGGGUUCGGUGAUGUAGAUCCAUCAGAAGGGGGCUUCUGGUUAGGUUUAAGAUAUAUACAAGCACUAACAGACGCACCAAGCGAAUUGUUAACAUUUACCAAGAAUGAAGUAUACUGGUCUGGAUGGGCUGUGUAUAAACAGUUUAAACUGCAUGGAGAAAACUACAUGAUAUCCGUGGAUGAACACCCAAAGGAGUCUGGUAUGGAAACAACAAAGAACCCUAUAUUUUCGUAUUCAAAUUCGAGUCAAUUCGUCACAUGGGAUCGGGAUUCAAAAAUGAAGUGCGCGGCUAUGUCAGGUGGCGGAUGGUGGUAUGCAGAUAAUGAUUCCUGUUCAUAUAAUAACUUGAACAGUGAAAGAUUCUUCUUCAAACAUGCCAAGAUGAUGGUGAGAAGAAAAUAAACAGCAGUUUGGGAAGAACGAAACACGACAUUAAUCGUCUUUAAUCUUUGUUGAAGAUAAAUAUUUUUUAUGUUAGUAUAACAUUUUUCCCAGGAGAUUAGAUCUCUGCUUUUUAUACGAAUAUGAAUUAAACUGACAUUAACUGAAUUAAAGAAAUUUCAUUAAAUACUUAUUUAUUUCAUUAGAUUAUAUCAAAGUGUUAUUCUUUUAAAAAAGGUAAAUAAAACGCUUCAUUUUAGAAACAUAAAGUUACAUUUUCAUUA